AUGUACCGCCACUGCGACGGCGACGGCGCGAAGGCUGCGAAAUAUUGGCUGCAGUACAUGCCGAUGCGGAAUCGCGCCGAGGUAAUUCGGAUGAUGCUCGAACUCGCGCGAGCGCCGCACGCGGUCGAAGUCGUCGGCUACCUCGCGUGGCCGAAAGUGAAACCGAAGACGCCGUUCGGGAAGACGCCGAGUUUGGUAGACAUCGAUGGGUGUGCGAACGACGUUUCCCACGAAACGGCGAUAAUCAGAUACCUGGGGCGAGAGUUGAGUUUGGACGGCGCGAACGAGUAUGAGCGCGCGCGCGUCGACGAACUCUUUAUGCAAUAUUGGCACACUAUUCGCAACGGCGGAUUGACGCACGAUGGACAGCUGUACAGCGCGAGGGCAUUGAAAGAGAGCAUUGAAAGACGCGAAGACGCUGAGUGCGCGAGGUUUCAAGAGACGCAUCGCGUGAAUAAUUUAUCGGUGCCGGCGCGUUCGCGGCAGGCGCUGCGCGUGUUCGAGGAAAUCCUAGAGCGUAACGGAAAUUCGCGGCUCGUCGGCGAGUCGUUGACGUAUGUCGAUUUAGCUUUAUUCGAAACGCUGUUCGAGCUCGCGGAGGAGGAUUUAGUGCCCGAUUUCGCGACGCGUCUGAAUUUGCCGCGGUGUGGUGAAUUCUUAACCGCCGUCGCUCGCGAACCGCCGAUCGAUCGCUACCUCAAGAGUGCGACGCGGAUUCCACGUUAUGAAAGACCGACGUAUGCGUAUAUCGGCGGUCGUCACUGUGCUGUACCGUAG